AUGAAUAGAAACAUUCCGAGCGGACGACAACAACGAACGAAUCAUUAUUCAACUCGAGGAGGAAGAGGCUCUUCAUCUCAUCCUCAACAACAAUUCUCAAAUCGUGAGAAUAAUGAAUAUUCAGCAAAGAUUCAACGAGGAAGCGGUGGAAUGAAGAGAAAAUUGGAAUCGGAACAACCUCAGCCUUCUUCCAAUUCUCACCAUCAGAAUGAAAAUAAUGAUGAUGAAAUUAUUCUUCAUCCAGUGGUUGAGUUUAUAGAUAAUUGGAAGAAUGACAAAGAAAAUUGGACAUUUGACGGUACUAAACAACGAGCAUUGAUAAAUCAAUGUCUCAACGCUCAAAUUAUUGAUAGCAAAAGGUUCAAAUAUUUUCUUGAAUAUAUUGCUCCUAUGGUUGGAUUUGAUCGUGUGAAACUGUAUGAAACCUGUGCAGAGUAUGUGAAAACACAGAGACGAAAUGCUCAAAAGAGUGCUCUUCAUGAAUUAUCUUCUAAGGAGAGAAAAUCAAUUUUGACAGAUCCAAAAAUUAGAACAAAAUGUACCAAAGCAAUGAAGGACAUUUUGAGUGAUAAUAAGAGAUAUAAAAGAGCAAAAACCAUCAUGCUUGUAUUGAAGGCAACUGACAAAGACAGUGGCUCAAGGUAUAACUUGGAAGAGCAACCUGAACUUGCAGAUACUGAUUAUGAUGAACAUUCAGAAACUGUGGUGACAGAAGAGAAGAACGAGGAGUAUGACAACAAGACGUUAAAUAAGACUUCACAGCAGAAAUUAUCUUGUAAAAAGAAUAACGACGAAAGUGAUAGUAGCAGUGACAGCAGCAGCGACAGCAGUAGUGAUGACGAAUAA